AUGAAUGACUUAUUUUCUAAUUCGUUUAAAAAGUAUCAGGACAUUAAAAAACAGGUCCAAGUAGAUGAUUUGGAGGGUGGUCAAGUUGGCCAACCAGGAACUGAAAGUAUUGAUCUUGCUAAAUUCUUUGAAGAUGUAGAAAAUGUGAAAGAGGACAUGAAGGAUGUUGAAAAAUUCCAUAAAAAAUUACAAGAAUCAAAUGAAGAGGGCAAACUUGUGCACAAUGCCAAGACUGUGAAAGAAAUAAGGUCUAGGAUGGACGCAGAUGUAUCACAGGUCUUAAAACGCGUCAAGAUGAUCAAGGGAAAAUUGGAAGCCCUCGAACGAUCCAAUGCAGCUCAUAGGAAAAUAUCAGGGUGUGGCCCAGGUUCUUCUGCAGAUCGAACAAGGACUUCUGUAGUUAGCGGGUUAGGAAAGAAAUUAAAAGUCCUCAUGGAUGAUUUCCAGGCAUUGAGGGCAAAAAUGAAUGCUGAAUAUAAAGAAACGGUUGCAAGAAGAUAUUUUACUGUCACGGGAGAGAAGGCUGGCGAUGAAUUGAUUGAAAAUUUGAUAUCAAGUGGGGAGAGCGAGUCUUUCCUCCAGAAGGCAAUUCAGGAACAAGGUAGGGGCCAAAUUAUGGACACAAUUUCCGAAAUACAAGAAAGACAUGAUGCUGUGAAGGAAAUUGAGAAGAAUUUGAUUGAGCUACACCAAAUAUUUCUAGACAUGGCUGCAUUAGUUGAAGCACAAGGGCAACAAUUGAAUGAUAUUGAAAGUCAUGUGGCACAUGCAAGUUCCUUUGUUAGGAGAGGCACAGAGCAACUACAAGAAGCCAGGGAAAUCCAAAAAAGCUCAAGAAAGUGUGCUUGCUUUGCUGUUUUCCUUAUCAUUUUGCUUGUCAUUCUCCUUACUUUCCCUCUCUGGUGGCCAUUAGUUGCUAGCAAAAUAUUAUAA